AAGGGAUAGAAAAGAGAGAGAGGCUGGGAAAGGGAGGAAGAGAUGAAGCAUGGUGGGGAGAUAUGGGGGUGGGGAUUACUUAAAGUGGAGGAAUUUGAGGAACAGAACCUCAUUUUCUGUCUUGGAACCUUGCAGCCUAACGGCACGAACAUUGAAUUCUCCCACUUUAAGUAAUUCCUUCUGCUCUGCCCUCCUAUAUAUCGGGCUUCCCCCUUUUCCCAUCUCCAGUCCUGAAGAAGGGUCCUGACCCGAAAUGUUGACCGCCUGCUUUUCUCCACGGAUGCUGCCUGGCCUGCUGAGAUCCCCCAGCAUCACUGUGGUUUGGAAGUGUGGUGUGAGUGUGCAUACUGACUCAGAGAAGUAGACAGUGCUGUCAUAUCCUGUAUUCAGUACAGAGCUACUUUCACGCUGAACCCAAUCAGUUGCUGAGUGACUUUCUAUCAACCUCAUUGCAGAGAGCCUUUUGAAAAGCAGGCGGGGCAGCUAGAGAGCAUCGGCUGCCGGGAGAGCCCGUUGCCAUGAACAAUUCCAGCGGGUCUGGGGAAGCGUCCUGCAACAUCACCUACAAAGAGGUGGCAGUCCCACUCGCCACCGUCUACAGCUUGGUCCUCAUCUUCGGCCUCCCAGCCAACCUGCUGACCCUGUGCCUGAGCACACUGAAGAUCAGGCGCAAAAACGUGCUGUCGGUCUACCUCUUCACGCUCUCGCUGUCGGACCUGAUCUACCUGGGCACCAUCCCCCAGUGGAUCUCCUACGUGAGGAAUUCCAACCAGUGGAGCCAGAGCUUUGUCUCCUGCCAGCUCACUGGCUACAUCUUCUUCAACAACCUGUACAUCAGCAUCCUCCUGCUCUGCUGCAUCUCCGUGGACCGCUGCUUGGUGGUCCUCUACCCCAUUGAGGCGCAGUGGCGCCGGCAGAGGCGGACGGCUGUGGCGGUGUGUGCCACCAUCUGGAUGCUGGUCAUGGUGACCCACACCCCUGUCUUCGUCCUGUCGGGUGUGCGGGCCACCCAGUCCAAGAAUAACUCCUGCUUCGAGACGAUCCCCAUGCCGCCCCUGGUGGCCAUGUUCAACUACGCCCGCUUCUUUGUGGGCUUCUGCAUCCCCCUCCUCAUCCUGGCCUCCACCAACUUCCUCAUCUUCCGCAGGAUCCAGUCUAGCCCCUGUCUCAACCAGGCCCAGAAGGCCAAGGUGAAAUACCUCGCCUUGGCCGUGAUCCUGAUCUUCCUCGGCUGCUUUGCCCCCUACCAUAUUAUCCUCCUCAGUCGGGCUGUGGCCUAUUCCCUCCUAGAGAACAGCUGCUGGUUCGAGCAGAAGAUCUACACGGUCUCCACAGUGUUCCUCUGCCUUUCCACCAUCAACAGUGCCAUCAACCCCUUCCUCUACAUGUUCUCCUCCGAGAGCGUGAGGCAGGAGUUGAUCCGAGACCUUCGUAUCCUCUUCUGCCUUCCCAUCCCGCAGGAUACCGGGACAGAGAGCUGCAUCCUCAGGAACGGCCCCAGCCGACGGAUGUCCAGCUCUCAGAGGGAGUAGGUGGCCAGCAUAAACUGACCAGCUCAUGGCUUCAGACACGCAUCAGGUGGUCCCACCUGCGCUUUCAGGUGGGGAACGGCUUGCCAACUUUGCACUCGGGAGCAGGCAGACAGGAGGUUUGACCGGGUGCCAGGGAAGAUUUUCGAAGAGGUUUCAAUCUCCGUGUGUGCCAUGACCACCUGCAGAAGGACAGGGAGAGACCGGAUCAUCGCCAGAGAGUUGCCUGAGGAAGGAAGGGCAGCAACCCCGGAACAAUCUUAAAGAGAGGGUGUUUCGCCCUGGAAAUGGGGCGGCUGAAG